CCUCAUAUAUAUAUAUAUAUAUAUAUAUAUGUGAACCGCACGCAAAUAAAGAUUCAUUUGCAACACAUGCGGCUUGGAAACAGAAGUCCGACAGCUCAGGAAGUUUUAACAACAACAUAAGACUCGUAACGUGAGUUGAAGACUUGUUCCGGUGGUUGUGAUGGCACCGCCCUGGCACACAAUGUGUACACGUCCAAUAACCUCAGCCAUACAAUCACCUUUUAAUACACUGACAACAGUCUCUCUUGAAACCAUCUCCAACAUUCCCCAUCUCCAAUGGAAUCUAUCUGGUUCAUAAUCGUAAUCACACUCUCCUUCUGUGCAACCGUUAAAGCUUUAAUCAAUCUUCUUCAAACCCCUAAGAAAUUACCACCUGGUCCUGUUUCAAUCCCAAUCAUAACCAGUUUCCAAUGGCUUCGAAAAUCAUUUGCAGAUUUGGAACCAACUCUUAGAAAUCUCAAAACCAAGUAUGGACCAAUUGUAACUUUAUCGAUUGGUCAUCGCAAAUCAAUUUUCAUCACAACCUCGAGUUUAGCUCAUCAGGCUUUGAUUCAGAACGGAGCAAUUUUUGCUGAUCGGCCACCAGCACCAGCGACAUCUAAAAUUAUUUCAAGUAAUCAGCAUAAUAUUAGCGGAGCUUCUUAUGGGCCUUUAUGGAGAUUACUUCGGAGGAAUCUUACUAUGCAGAUUCUUCAUCCAUCGAAGAUCAAAUCUUUUUCACCGGCUCGAAACUGGGUUUUGAAUAUAAUCAAGGAAAGUAUUAAGAAAGAAUCGAAUUCAGGGAAAAACCCUGUUCUUGUUGUUGAUCAUUUUCAAUUUGGUAUGUUUUGUUUACUUGUUUUUAUGUGUUUUGGGAAAAAGCUUGACGAGAAGAAAAUUAGAGAAGUUGAAUCUGUUCAGAGAAGUUUCUUAUUGGGGUUUGGUAAAUUUCAGAUUCUGAAUUUUUUCCCCAGAUUGACAAAAAUAAUUAUGAAGAAAAGGUGGGAAGAUUUUCGUAAGUUGAGGAGUGAUCAGGAAAAGGUACUAAUUCCUUUAAUUAGAUCAAGACAAGAACAAAUGAAGAAAACGUUUGAAGACAAUGAGAAAUCUUUAGGGUUAUGUUAUGUUGAUUCAUUACUGAAUCUUGAAUUACCUGAUGAAGGUGGAAGAAAACUGACUGAACAUGAAAUUGUCAGUCUAUGUUCUGAGUUUUUGAAUGCAGGUACUGAUACUACAUCAACAGCUUUACAAUGGGUCAUGGCCAAUCUAGUGAAGUACCAAGAGAUUCAGUCCAAAUUAUAUGAUGAAAUCAAAACAUUAUAUUCUGGUGAUGAUGAGAUAAAAGAAGAAGAUUUAAAGAAACUGCCAUAUUUGAAAGCUGUAAUACUGGAGGGACUAAGAAGACACCCACCAGGCCAUUUUGUUCUACCUCAUGCAGUGACACAAGAUAUAGGAUUGGAUGGCUAUGUUGUGCCAAAAGAAGCCACAGUAAAUGUCAUGAUAGCAGAAAUUGGGUGGGACUCAAAAGUAUGGGAAGAUCCAAUGAUGUUUAAACCAGAGAGAUUUCUGAGUAAAGAUGGUAUCUUGAAUGAAGAAUUGUCAGAUGUAACAGGGAACAAAGAGGUUAAGAUGAUACCAUUUGGAGCUGGUAGAAGAAUGUGUCCUGCUUCUGGUUUGGCAAUGCUUCAUCUUGAGUAUUUUGUUGCUAAUUUGAUUAAGGAAUUCAAGUGGACUGCUAAGGUUGGAGAUGAUAUAGAUUUGUCUGAGAAACAAGAGUUUACUAUUGUCAUGAAGAAUCCGUUAUGGGCUCAUGUUUCUCCAAGAAAACAAGAUUGUUAGUGUUUGUUUUUGUCAGUGGUUAAGCUUUAAAUAAGUUUCCUCAGUCAGAUCAUUGGAGUGAUUGAAAAUAUGGUAAUGUAGAUAUCUGUCAUGAAUCUGAGUUCUUACUUUUUCUUCUUGUUUAGCUUAAUAAAGGAGCAAAUUGAAUGUAUAGAAAUUACUCUAAAUGGAAAGAGAAGAAAGUACAGUACCCUGUAACCUAUAGGAAGAAUACAGGAUCUAUGACUGCAAGUCUAGACAGCUCAGUCAUUUCUUGGAACUAGGAGAAUUAUUGGGGGCUUGCGGCAAAGAGAACUAGGAGGUUCUUAAAACGGAUACAGCUUUGUCUGUACAGAGCUUCCAGAUGGAAUAGAACCGUUCGGCUGAUUAAAUCAUAUACCCAACAAUAGCACACCGGAUUGUCCUUUGUUGCAAAAUUUGUGCUUGGACUAGUACAUGAAGAACAUAUAGGAUCAGUUUUGCAAAAUUUCUACUUGAAAAUCUGAACAUAGCUCCAUUUACCACUGAAUGAACUUGGAGACAUGACUGACUUCUAAACAGCGGGGUUCACAAAAAGAUAAAGCUAGCGAGCAUUUUAAGAGAAUCAUCGUUCCUAAAGUAGAAAACUAUAUAGUACAAAUUUACAAGAUAAACCAGGAGCUGUUUCCUGAGUAACGUGCCGGGUCGGCACGUAAAAAAGCAUUUGGCUAUCCACUGGGAUAUAGAGUCAGUUGACCCCAUAAGGAGGACAAUAAUAGGCUAAGGUGACUGCAACGAACCUUUUCUCUUGCCCUCACAAAAAUCCCAACCAAACUUCUGCAAAAUCACAUCUUGUCUCCGUAUUAGUGGUGCUGCUGCUGCUGAUUGAUUUUGCUGGUUAGGGGUUUUCAAUUUCUUCAGUGCAGGGAUGCUGGCCAAAUUAGUAGCUUCUCCUGUGCUGACUUUGGAAUAUGCAACACGGAGUUCUUUAUCAAUUGUGACACCAAUAGUUCAACCCAACAUUAUCAAAGGAAAUACAUGGGUCUCUAUAUCUGUAUCAAGAAAGAAGUGGGAAUUACAUUCAGCUGCACAAACCCAGAUCGUAAUUUCAGGCGAUGAAGAGAAAGCAAUGUGGGAAUCAUGCAAGCAAGCUCUAUCUGCAUUUAAUUUCAAUGAUGAAGAAGAAGAAAAAAUAUUAGGAAAAGCAUUUGGUCAGUUACAUUCACCUUACUGGGGUGAAGAAAGAACAAAAGAAGUUCCAGAACUUGAGACUGUGAACGGCAUAUUGGAUUAUUUAAAAAGUUUAGGGUUUGCAGAUGAAGAUCUUUAUAAGUUACUCAAGAAGUUCCCCGAGGUUCUUGGAUGUAAUCUUGAGACUGAGCUGAAAAAUAACGUUCAGAUUUUAGAGAAAGUUUGGGCAAUUAAAGGGAAAACUCUUCGGAGCCUUCUACUACGCAAUCCAAAGGUGUUGGGUUAUACUAUUGACUGUAAAGGUGACUGUGCGGCUUUAUGUACCCGAUGUUGGGUUCGCUUUUAGCCUGUCUAUGUAUUUAUCUUGUAUCUGUAGGUGUAUUGUUGUAUUUGUAAAAUGAUGUACAAGAAAAGUGCAGUUUCAUUGAUACAUAUUCAUUUGAGAAAAUAAAAUGAAAUAAUAUUACAGCAACUAUUGUAUUU